GGGCGGGGGCGGAGCGAGCCGGGCGGCGGGGCGGCCGCGCAGUGUCCGGGAUCCAGGCCUGGAGGGGGUUGUGCGCGCGGCCGGCCGGCUCUGCCCGCACUGGUGUCGGCUCCCCAGCGGGGCCUCGCUCGGGUCCCCUCAUGUGACGGCGCCUCGCGAAGCCUGAGUGAGCAGCGGGUCCGUGCGGAGCCGGAGGCGGGAGGAACAUGACAUCGCGGAGAUGGUUUCACCCCAACAUCACUGGUGUGGAGGCAGAGAAUCUCCUGCUGACCAGAGGAGUCGAUGGCAGUUUUUUGGCAAGACCCAGUAAGAGUAACCCUGGAGACUUCACUCUGUCCGUUAGAAGAAAUGGAGCUGUCACCCACAUCAAGAUUCAGAACACUGGGGACUACUAUGACCUCUAUGGUGGGGAGAAGUUUGCCACCUUGGCUGAACUGGUCCAGUAUUACAUGGAGCAUCACGGGCAGCUGAAAGAGAAGAAUGGAGAUGUUAUUGAGCUAAAGUACCCACUGAACUGCGCAGACCCCACCUCUGAAAGGUGGUUCCAUGGUCACUUGUCUGGAAAAGAAGCAGAGAAAUUGCUAACGGAGAAGGGUAAGCAUGGCAGCUUCCUUGUCCGAGAGAGCCAGAGCCACCCUGGAGACUUUGUUCUCUCUGUCCGUACCGGUGACGACAAAGGGGAGAGCAAUGAUGGCAAGUCCAAAGUGACCCACGUCAUGAUCCGAUGUCAGGAACUGAAGUAUGACGUCGGCGGAGGAGAGCGCUUUGACUCUUUGACAGACCUGGUGGAGCAUUACAAGAAGAACCCCAUGGUGGAGACGCUGGGCACAGUCCUGCAGCUCAAGCAGCCCCUCAACACAACUCGCAUUAAUGCUGCUGAAAUUGAAAGCCGGGUUCGAGAGCUAAGCAAGCUAGCUGAGACCACAGAUAAAGUCAAACAGGGUUUUUGGGAAGAAUUUGAGACGCUACAGCAACAGGAAUGCAAACUUCUCUACAGCCGAAAAGAAGGACAGAGACAAGAAAAUAAAAACAAAAAUAGAUACAAAAAUAUCCUGCCUUUUGAUCACACCAGGGUUGUCCUGCAUGAUGGGGAUCCCAAUGAGCCCGUUUCUGAUUACAUCAAUGCGAACAUCAUCAUGCCUGAAUUUGAAACCAAGUGCAACAAUUCAAAACCCAAAAAGAGUUACAUUGCCACUCAAGGCUGCCUGCAGAACACAGUGAAUGACUUCUGGAGGAUGGUGUUCCAGGAGAACUCUCGAGUCAUCGUCAUGACCACAAAGGAGGUGGAGAGAGGGAAGAGCAAAUGCGUCAAGUACUGGCCUGAUGAGUAUGCACUCAAAGAAUAUGGGGUCAUGCGUGUUAGGAAUGUCAAAGAAAGUGCCGCUCAUGACUACACCUUAAGAGAACUCAAACUCUCCAAGGUCGGACAAGCUCUACUCCAGGGAAAUACAGAGAGAACCGUCUGGCAGUACCACUUUCGGACCUGGCCGGACCAUGGUGUGCCCAGUGACCCAGGAGGUGUGCUGGACUUCCUGGAAGAGGUCCACCACAAGCAGGAGAGCAUCAUGGACGCAGGCCCUGUCGUGGUUCACUGCAGUGCUGGAAUCGGCCGGACAGGAACAUUCAUUGUGAUUGACAUCCUUAUUGACAUCAUUAGAGAGAAAGGUGUGGACUGUGACAUCGAUGUUCCUAAAACCAUUCAGAUGGUGCGGUCCCAGAGGUCAGGGAUGGUCCAGACAGAAGCACAGUACCGGUUCAUCUACAUGGCCGUCCAGCAUUAUAUUGAGACGCUGCAGCGCAGGAUUGAGGAGGAGCAGAAGAGCAAAAGGAAAGGACAUGAGUAUACCAAUAUUAAGUAUUCCCUGGUGGAUCAGACAAGCGGCGAUCAGAGCCCCCUGCCACCUUGUACCCCGACACCACCCUGUGCAGAAAUGAGGGAGGACAGUGCUCGAGUCUAUGAGAACGUGGGCCUCAUGCAGCAGCAGAGGAGCUUCAGAUGAGCCCCAUCGGCUGCGGCAGCCCGCAGAUACGAACUUUCACCCCUUCCCUAAAAAUGUCAAGACUAGACAAGAAAGUUUCCAGGACCCACGUGUUCAGAAGCUUGCCCGCCAGGGUUGACUGACUGCCUUUUGAGAAGUGAAGUUUGGAACCAUUUGAAGAGCACAAGUCUAAUCAGCACCUCCCUUCCUCAGAUAAGGGGAAACUGCUCUGCGCUGUCAACAAAGCUGUUUUUAUAGAAUUGGUUUUGAAUUGUGGAAGCAGCUAAAUUGUGCUCUGUAUUUUACACAUUAUGGGACUCAAAUUGUAGUUAUGGGCAGGAUUUUUUUUUUUUUUUUCUCCCAUGACCUUAACUGAUCUGAUUUUCUUUUCCCCCUGUCUCUUUGGGGAACCAUGGGCCCCUUGUAAGAAGAAAGGAUUUGGGGGAAUUCAGGAACAGAGUCCCCAGAAGCCAGCAGUCUGUAAACUACUGCUCAUCUUCUACCGCCCAGGGAUUGCUUAGGGUCGCUCAUCAUCACAGAGACUCACUGUUUAGUGCCAGGGACUGGGAGGCCAGGCUGUAGGGCUGCACUGAUGAGGGCCUUCUGGUGUGCCACACCGGCUGGGAAGAGCAUGAGGGCUAGCCUCGCUUUUACAGCAAAUGGACGAUGACAGCAUGAGUCCACCCUCAAGUCCCAACCAUUCCUUAGCGUCCCAGCUGUCAACACCAUGGCAUCGGGGUCUCUCUGCGCUCCCUGAAGAUAUAUGUUGGGACACAUUCAAUACGGAAUGACCCAGUCAAGGACAGUUCACUUUGGUAGCGGAGUGGUCAUCAAACAGUGAUGUGUGUCAGGGGAUAAAAAAGUCGUGGCGGAAAGGCCAUGGGAAGUCUUUCCUCUGAAAAUGACCACUCCUCUUCAGGUGUGGACAGAGAAAUGGUGGGAAAAGUGGCUGUGUUGUCUUUGCACUGGAGUCACCAUCUUGUGUUAGUAAGACACCUGGGUGAGUGCCAUCUGGUCCUCUCUUGUUCUUGACUGACCCAUCCCCCCCAUUCCCCAGUCUUGUCUGGGCUUGCAUGAGCCCCACUGUCCUGUGGGAGUCCCUUGGGGAGCUGGUAACAUGGCCAAGACACUGAGCUGCUGUCUCACUGAGGUGUCUUCCGGUCUUUUCUCCUGGAUGUCUGUGUAGUCUCAAUAGCAGGGUGGCUGGGCCUUUAUGUGUCUCCUAAGGCUCAAAGGCAGAAGUGGCCAGGCCAUCUUCAGAUCCAGGCCUGGAAUGACCAUGACUUCUUCAGUGGCUGCCUGCGUGGAAAUCAGACUCAGCCUGAAGUGUGUAGUGGAGAUGCCGUGCUCUGGGGCCACCAGUCUGUCAGGUGACCCCAGCCUGUGCCAUGGAAGCAAGUGACUGUAGUUAGCAAGAGCCCAGGCUACUUAUAGUAGCUGGUGUAAACUGUGGGUCAGAUGAGAAAUGUACAGCGCACAUUCUGGAAGCUUCUGAGCCAAUUUUUCUGGCACCACACAUGUUGCACCAUCCUCACCUGAAGACCUGGUGUGUGGUAAGGGUGGGUGUGUUUGGGGACGUAUGAAAGGUUGUUCCUGAAGCACCGCAGAUGGGUGAAGGUGAUGCUUCAUUGGGCCUUGGCUGAGCGUGAAGAGCGGCAGUCCUGGCCAGGCCUCCUGUCAGGUCCAGUCAGCCACUUAUGCUCUAACCAAGCAGCAGGAUUUGCUGUGUUCUGCCAUUAAGUGCCUUCUCCAGAGACACCCCCUCUGCCUACGUGUUGAGAGCGUGUUUCACUGAAAGCAUCCAGAUUGACGCUCAUGACCAAACAGUGGCACAGCCUCCACUCAGAUUCUUUUUGCUUUGGUUCCUGAAAGGAAGGACUGGAUCCUGCCCUGCAGUCGCUCCUUUCUGAGGCCUCCCAUUCCCUGGCAGGCCUGAGGUAGUUGGGGAACACAAGGGCCACCAUUUUCUUAGAGCAUGUGUGUUGACCUUGCCCCUUCUCCAGUGGACUCAUUGCUUCAGAGCACAGUGUGGCCUGGCUGUGUUCCCUCAUCAGGGGAGCGUGGAAACCGCUGUCUUCUCACAAGCCUGUGACGGAGAUCAGUUCAGCAUUCACAGCCAGGAUCCCGAAUCUUGUUCUCUUAGCACAUUAUCACAAAGAACCGUGUUGGGGACGGCGGUAAUAUCUAGACUCUGGACUUCGGGGACGAUGUCUCUCACCAGCACACCAAGGUUGGCCGUCCAGCUGAUCUACUGAGUUGAAGUCUCUGCCUGCAGCUCAGGAUCCAGAGCAGAAGACCCAUUCUUAGCCUACGGUGUUCAGUACAGCAAGUGGUUUCUUCAGGUCCCCCUCCCACCAGUAAGGAAAUGGAUUCCUAAGAGCUCCUAGGUCUCCCGGAUCUGUCAGGGUGGUAGCUGCAGGGUCUCAGGAGAGGGUACUCAGUGUGUGGGAUGCAGGUGUAGUGUCUGGGAAGGUGAAGUAUUGGAGGUGUGGGUUUGAGACAAGGAGAGUGAAAGUUGUAGAGGUUGUUCAUGGGGGAGUUGGAGGGUACAGAAUGACAGCAGGUCCCCUCGCUGCCGAGCCUUUUAAAUUAGAAACAUGGGAUUUUAUAUUUGGGGGGAAAAUCAUCUAGCACAUGGUCUUGGGGUUUCUAGAGAGCCACAUGUAAGUCUUAGUAAGAAGGCUUGCCACACUAGUGUGCGUCCCUAGUGAUACCCCAGGUUGCCUCUGCCGUUGCAGUUGGUGCCUUUCUAAAGGUGCAGUUGGGGUUAGAAAACGCUGCCGGGUGUCAUCAGCUGUGCUUUUACAGAGCUGGUGGCCUUCAGUGGCUCAGCGUUAUUUCUAGGGUGUUUGCUGGGAGUUCUAGAACAUAAGCAUUGUUUUCCUGUGAGGGACUGAGGCAGGUGUUGCGGAGAUUUGUGACCUUAGGGAAACAGGCUCCAGGAACAAGGGCAAGCCCAGGGUAGGCUUUGCUCCUGUCGGUGGCUGGGGGCUGCCCUGGUUUCAGAUGCCUUUCUUAGGGUCUGUGCUAGUCCGCCUUUUUGUUGGAUUUGCCCCUCCCGCCCUUUGCAAAGAUAAGCUCCUGAGUAGAGUUCAUUGCAUCCCCCAUCACUAGCAGCCUGCCGUUUUCCGGGUGGGCAGGGCACAGUGAGUAGAGGGCAGCUGCUGUCGGUGCUGUAGAACUUGGCUGUGCAUCAAACUAAUUUUCACAUGUCUUCCUCCUAAACCUCGACCAUGGAAUUAAUAAUUUGCCCGUUUAUUUAUGACCUAAUUGUGACUCUUUUAUUAAUAAAGCUGAUGGGAAAGGCCCCUCCCUGAGGCCGAUGACCAGUCUCACAUUUAACUUCCCCACAGCGUACAAAGCAUCAGGCAGAGUAUUACAGAAAUAUAGUAUUUUAUUGAUAGACCUGUCCUUUAAAAGGAACAUGUCUUGGGGUGUCAUCAUUUUGGUGUGAAUCAUGUAAAUGUUGGCUGUUUGCUGUUUAUUACACUUGAGUGUCAGGACACGCACUCGGCUGCUGUUCUGCACACACAUACCGUGUAGUCUGCAGUUUUUUAAGUGACAUUAACAGAAUAGUUCAUUAGGGAAACCUCAGAGGUCAUCACUCCCCCCCCCCCUUUGUGUCAUGAGUGUCAGCUGCUUUCUUAGCUGAAGUCAUCAGAGUGUAUCUGCAUAUACUCCAUGUACCACCAGAGGCAGUGUAUUUGUGAGCUGUCUGCAACUAAAAAUUAGAAUAAAACCAUUUUCUUGUA